GUGGUGAGGUGCAUGUGGUGGUAGUGUGGGUUGCUCAGAGGGUGAGGAGAGGCUGUGCCCAGGGUAGGUGUGGCAGCCCGUUGGUUGAGUGGAGGUGGAGUGCCGAAUGGGCGGUGCUGCCCCCUGCUCCAGCCUGUUUCUGCUAUUUGCUCUCUGGUUUGAGGUCGCCUGCAGCCUGAGUCUACCCCAGGCCAUUAUUUAAAUGCCUUUCCCUAGUGCCUGGGAGCUCAGUAGUCCGAGACAUCCAGGGCUGAUGAUCUGUGCUCCAGUCCUUCAAACUCCACCGAUCACAGGGGAUUAUGAACUCUUUUGGGCAGCAGCCCGCAAAUCCACAGUCGACCCCCCUCCAGCAUCCCAAUGCACAGGAUUUACUGGACAUGGCGAUGUACUGUGAUAACCUAAUGUACCCGCAAAACCUGCACCACCAUCACCACCCACAGAGGCCAUCAGCUCAUCCAGCAGGCUAUGGGCUGAGCGAAUAUAGUCCCCCAGCAGCGAACCCCUACCUCUGGAUCAAUGGACCUGCCAUCAACUCGUCUCCUUAUCUCUCUGGGACUAAUGGGGCUUCUUUCAUCCCCUCAGGUUAUGGGACCAGCCAGAGACAGUUCCUGGCCCCUGCAUCAGGCUUUGCUGGGGCAGAUCUCAGCUGGUUGUCUCUCUCCAGCCAGCAGGAGUUUUUUAAAAUGGUGAGGCCCCCCUACUCCUACUCGGCUCUGAUAGCGAUGGCCAUCCAAAACGCUCCGGAGAAGAAGUUGACCUUGAGUCAGAUUUACCAGUACGUGGCCGAAAACUUCCCUUUUUACAAGAAGAGCAAAGCUGGCUGGCAGAACUCCAUCAGGCACAACCUGUCCCUCAACGACUGCUUUAAGAAAGUGCCCAGGGAUGAAGACGAUCCAGGGAAAGGCAAUUACUGGACCCUAGACCCGAACUGCGAGAAAAUGUUCGACAACGGCAAUUUUCGAAGGAAGAGGAAAAGGCGAUCGGACGCUCCUGGGUCCAGCGCCCCGGGAGCGCCCGACAAAGCGGAAGACAAGAGCGGCGGUGCCUUGAAGUCUCCGGACUCCUCCAGCCGGGUGGGCCUGGGCUCCCCUGCACCGCGGCACUCUCCAGCCGCCGGGAGCGGGCCCAAAUCCGCGGCCGCGCUCCAGCGGAGCCCGUGUUUCUCCAGCUUCGCCUCCAACAUGCAGGCCAUUGUCCAUGGGGACCAGGGCUUCGCGAGGCAGCUCUCGGGAGGGCUGGCGGGCGAGUUUUCACACGGGAGGCAAGACGUGCCUGCUCCGAGUUCGUGCUCCACGUCCGGCAGCGGCACUGCCCAGAACUCCGAACUGAGUCCCCUGGCCCACUCGAGAAUGAACCACUGUGCCAGCGACCAGCACAGUGGGCUCAUUAACAACUUCAGCGUCAAUCAUCUGAUUUAUAGCAGGGAGGGGACAGAAGUUUGAAUUGACUGUGGAAUAACUUCGGUGCAAAUCACAGAAGUCAUGUUCUGGGCCUAGAAGUUUGUACAUACCAUGGUACUCAAAAUAGUUUCUUGUUAGUUUUGGACACUGUGUUAUUGUGCCUUAGAACGAACACACCCACACCCACACCCACACCGACACACCCACACACGAAUUAAAUGUCUAUAGACUCUAUUUGACUGAGGUGUCCUCACACCCAGGAUCCCAGCCAGUAGUUUGUUUACAGUAUUGAUACUAUGCAUACAGAUCUAGACGACUGACCUUAACAAAAUGCACUAAUACACAAGAUAGGAAUAUUUUUGUAAUAUAUACAUUAUAUAUAAUGGCUCUGUACAGCUGUUAGAAUAAAGUUUUUUGAAAAUCGAGGUGAGAGCGCCUAGACCUGACAUUCCCGGGUAAUGUGCUGCUGCUAUCUGCAAUCUAGGUAACAAAAAGCUCCCCAAUCGUGUGGGGUGUUGUUUUUUUUAAUUCUAACGCGAUGCAAAACUAUUUUCUUCUUUUCUACGUUUUAUGGAAUUAUAACAUUUUUCCAUCUAAUACUUAAAAUUAAAAUGGCUUUUCCUUACAGACGACAAUGAGGUUUAUUUGUUGUUUCAGGUUUUUCCAUAUAGCAAAUGACUUCGGGGUUUCAAACUGUCAUUGUUCUUGUAUACACGGUAUAUUUUUCAGUCCCGGAAUGCUAAUGUUGGCAAUACCAAAAAGAGGCUCUUUAAGCUUGGUAUAAUUGAGAUAUUGGACACACUGUAUGCAUGGUAUCCAUUUUAUUCUUCUCCAGACUUUAACAGCAUAACGAGUUUGGUUUAAACAAACGGGUGCCUUCUUAAACUAAAAUAAUGACUACGAAUAAUUAUCACUGGGAAUUUAACACAGAAUUGAAGCCAAUUAACUGCAAAGUUGUUCUUCGGCGCUUUAAUACAUUCAAGUAAAGCGCAGUAUUUCCCGAUACUGAUCUUGGAAGUCUGGUGUCUGUUAUCGAAGUUAACAUUUGUCCUGAAACCUGGUGAGCCGAUAAGGGCUUUCGAGCAGAUAGGAUGGAGGGUGAAUGGAGUGGAGUACAGCAGCUUUGCGAUCAGACAAACGCUUGUGCGAAUAAGAGCUGGGAAAGACUUUCCGGUCUGGUAGGAAGGUCAUUCGGAAUCGAAACGUCAAACCUGAGAUUAAACCGAUUUUUCGACAAGAUAAAAUGGAGCUUAAAGCCCCCGCAAGAGGAGAAAAAUAUCACCUUAAGGCUGCUAUUCGAAACGCCAUUUCUAAUUCAGUCUUUUCUGAGGGGUUUCGCUUCGGAUUGGGCCUUUAUUCAGGGAACCGGCCAUGAAAUUGAUUUGUCAAACAUAUAAAUGAUUUGUAAAUACAUCUGAACUGGGGAGAUCCUCAGCCAGUUUAUACCAGCUGAGGAUCCGGCCUUCUGACUAUACUAUAGUCAUUAAAUGUUUGCUAUAUUUAAAAACAAACGAACAAAAUAAUCCGAUCGCAGUCAUGUUCCUUCCACUUAAAUCUCUCUCAAGGCGCCGGUGGAUUUUAAGGAGCACAGAGCCAGGGAACCAUUCUUGAUUUUAUGCGAGUCUAACUGCCAAAUGGUUUACCAUGGUUGCAAGCGCUAGGAAGAUAGUUACAGCUGUGCAGAGUUCUCCUGCAGCCAGGAAAACCUACCACCUCCUCCUGCAAGUGUGUCGAAAGGAGACUUCACUAGUGGAAGGAUCUGUGUUAAGUAAAUCGAGUAUCUCUUAAUACCUAGCUUAUUUUAGGACGACAACCGACUGCUCCAGGCUACAUCAGUUCUAGCCAACUACUGGCCAGUGUCAAAUCUUCUGUUCCUGGCAAGCAAUGCAAUAUACAUGGCCAUGAAGCCAUCAGCACUUAGGAAACUCCAGCUGGUACACAACACUACAGCAGGUAUCCUCAGCAAUCCUGGCUACUGUGAGUACAUCAAAUUUGUCCUCCACUCUCUACAUCGGAUUUCCAUACAAUAUUGGAUGAAGUUCAAGGUCUCAGUCCUUAUUGUAAAAGUGCUCCAUGGCCUGGGCCCAGGAUAUUUAAAAUAUUGACUAAAACUCUGGGAUGCAAACCAUAUCUGAUGACUUCACUCUUUUUAGAACAACAGAACUUUCUACCAUAAUGGUAAAGCUCAGCUGUGCUGCAGAUGGAAGUUUCUCAGGGCCAGCCCAAGACUCUGGAAUGCCCUUCCCAGGAAUUAAGGACCAUUGCAAAUCUCAUCACCUUCUUUCCAUCCUAACAGCAAGGCACAUUUAUUUGACUUUGCCUUCUCCAACCAACAUAGAGCAACGUGUGUGUGUGUGUGUGUAAAAAUCCAAAAAAAUCCCUACUUCACUGCUCACAUUUCUCCCACUUGGGAGAUGAUGAGAGAAAAAACAUGUGACAAACAUUAGCCAUGUUGCUUAAUGCACUAACGGAAGGUGCUCAGAUCUAUGGUGAUUCCCUUAUUUAAACUAAACUUUUUGAUAAGGUCAAAACAGAAUUUCAUUCUGUGAGAAAUUUGUUUUUGUUUUUUUCAUUCUGAUUUGAAAUGGAAAAAAAAAUCAAACUUUUGGAAUUUCCUAGGAAAUAAGAAUUCUGGGUUCUGACCAGGUCUAGUUAUAAUAUUUUGGUAAUGGUAAUAAAACAUGAAUUAAUCUCUUCCAAUAAUAUAGCAUUUAGAGCCAUAAUCAGAUCUUGUGUAAGUGGCUUGCAACUCCACUGAAAUGAAAAAUGUUGUCCCUCCUUACAACAGGAAUGAAUUUAAUUAUUGCAUCUCUUCUGACUCUACAAAUGACAUUGUGCUGGGGAUUUCCUUGAAGUGCUAUAUCAUAGAUCAGGAUUCCAGAAGUAAGGUGUUUAGGAGGUUUGGGAAUAGAUACACCUUUUGUGAAAGAUUAUCCUUUUACAAUUGUCAGACGUAGUUUCAAUUUAGCUGAAAAAGUCCGCAUUCAAUUGUAAAAACAAAACAAAACAACAAAAACCAACAGUUAGUAAUUACACAUCAUAUUAUUUUUGUAAAUACCUGAAGUAGACAAAUCCUAUUAAUCCAGGUGCAUAUGAAUAUAAUUUUGUCUACAGCAAGAAUCUGAUGUUAACAUUUCCUUAUCACAAUCCACAAAGGACAGGAUCAAAUAAAUGGGUUUGUUUGCUGCUGUUAGUGUCUGAUUCGUUAGCAUUACCAACAAUGUCAUCUUCUCACUAUGAUAUAAUUAUUUAUUUUGCAGCAAUGUAGUAAUGCUAAAGUUUCAUAUUUCAGUGGCAAAGUGCAAAAGUUUACCAAUUAAUAGUUAGCACAAUUAAUUUCCUCUGUGAUAGACUACUGUGGGUUUUUUUCCUGCAGGUCAUCUGUGAGUUUGUGACAAUAAGCACAAAGUGAAAUUACACUCUCUAUGGUAUUUACUUGCAUUUUUGUCUCGAGGAUGUUUUUAUAGGGCACAAGCCUUGAAUUUUCAUUUUUGGGGGUAUAUUCUACAAUCCUUUUAUUUAAAAAAAUAACACACUUUUUGUCUGGGAAAAUGAUGGAACAAAUAGAAUGUUGAAUUUAGUCAUAUGAAAUUUCUAUUUGUUUGUGCAGCUCUUGUGAAACCAGGCAUAUUCCUAAUCUCAGGUGGCAGUUAAAUAUUUAGUUCUACAGUAUGAUGACAGCUAGGGCAAAUCCUUGCUGUUCAAUGAAGAAUGGCCUCUUCAUUUCACACCACUGUAAAGGAGAUGAAAUGUAUAUCUGAUAUGUGAGUCUAAUGGCUCUCUACAACCGUAAAUCGGAUCAGUUACAUAAUUUCACAAACUCCGCUCAUAAAAACUUUCUAUGGGAAUCACGGCAUGAUAUGAGAGAAUCAUGCUGCCACCCUCUGGGAAAUAGUGGCCAAUAGUCGUCAUCUUUUUGGUGGAAAUGAAGGAAAUAUUGACUCCUGCUGAACUAGACACCUUCAGUAAGUCAAUUUAGUUUAGUAUAGUUUUGUUUGUAAUUUAAGUGCUUCACGCCUGCUUUCAUUAUAUUUUCAUUUCAGUGCUUUCAAAUUUGCAGUACAGCUUAACAUACCUUCAGCUUUACCCAGCUGCUAGGUUUGACCCUUAUUUUAGGUUUUGUCCACAGACAAACUGAUACUGGUUUAACUAAAGUUGUGCUUUCAAAUGAAAUUAAAUUAAUUAAAUUUUGUGUAUUAACCCAAAUGAAAGUGUCUAUCUUAAUCUGGUAAAAAAGGAUUACAUUAAACCCAGAUAAAACCUCUUUAACCAAAAUAAAAAUGUCUAAGCAAAAAAAUUUAAAUUAAACCACUCCAGUGUCUGAGUGCAGAUUAAGUUUUAGACUUCAAUUAACUUCCAUCCCACAUAUAUGUAGUGUAAAUUAUUCACAGGACAAUUUCUGGUUUAUGAAUCAAAGUUUAUAGAACACAAUACACAUUGUCAAUCUUUUCUCCUUGUUAUAUCACCAUGUGCUAUCUAUAUAGUUCCUCUCCUUCCUUGAUGUUUAUAGCAUUCAGACAUUUGUAGAUUAUCAUGUCCUCAUUUAGCCAAGCCACAGCAAAGUUAUA